GUUUUGUGAGGUUGAGUGAAUUCCGUCCAAUAACUUAUCGAUGGGAGUCCCGAGCCGCGCGACCGCUGCGAAGGGGGCUACUCUCGACCAUGAGGAGCUAGAAGCGCUCAGCCAAAGCCACAAGGUGCUAGAGCAAGCGUACUCUGUGGACAGCAAGUCGCCUGACCUCGUGGAUCAAAUUGCCGACCACUCUGAACCAACGUCACACAAUUACUUUUUCGAACCGUACACGAACACGGCCGCUGGGUGGCAGGCGCAGCUCGUGCACAAGCAAAAGCUGCUGCCAUACCCUGCAGCCAUAACGAGCGCAUACGACAACAUGCGUUCAGGGUCGUUCUCGGGUUUGCUCCAGGAGAUCCAUCACGCUUGGGUGUCCGUGGACAACGUGUUGUUCCUGUGGGACUACACGCGCGCGGAGCGUUUCGUCGUGUUCGACGGCAUCGACCAGACGAUCUCGGCCGUGGCGAUUGCCAAGCCCAUUCCUGGCGUGUUCAAGGCCUUCGUGAAGCAUGUGCUGGUCGUGGCCACUGCGAGCGACAUGCGGCUCGUGCCCAUCUUGUACGAGCACAGCGACCCCGUUAACGGCGCGAUUCGACUACAAGCGACCAAACUAUGCAUCAGCACGGACGACGUCACGGUCAAGAAGAUUGUGAGCACGGCAGGCGGCCGCAUCUUCUUUGGCGGGUCGGACGGCCACCUCCACGAGUUUGUGUACGACGCGACCGAAGGCAUGUUGCACCAGCUCGGGUGGAAGCGAAAAUGCCGCAAGGAGACACACACACAGUCACUAUCAACGUACAUCCCGUCCAUCUUUCGAUCGCUCACGGGCGCCUUGGCCUCGUCUCACGGCAAAAUCGUCGACUUGACCAUCGAUCCCGAACGCCACAUCCUGUACGUGACACAAGAACCUGCCACGAUUCACGUGUACGACCUCCUUCCACCCGGGGAGCUCAAGCUCGUGGCCUCCAAGGACAUCCACGCCGAAGCCGCGCGGUUCUGCCAGCGCAACCAUCGCACGUGGACGUCAUGCCCCGAGCCGAGACUGUUCACGACUAACAUGACUACGAUCUCGUCCGUGUCGGUCGUCGGGCGCGACGAAAGCGCGUCGAUUCAUGCGGUGGCCGUGAGUUCCACCGGCAUCCGGUUCUACCUGUCGACGUUUACGCCGGGGUACUUUUCCAGCUCGUCCAAGCGGCCGACGCACUUGGACAUGAGCCACAUCCGCCUGCCGCCGCCCAUGCUGGCUCUGGACGACGCGCCAGAGUACCAUGUGACGGAAGGACUGGCGCCCGCCAUCCUCACGGGCAAAAGCCCGGCGUAUGUGCACAAGGCGCUGUACCGCAAGGGGGUGUUUAUCGCGAUCGACGGCGGCCCCGAUGCUUUCGACUCGGUCGUCGGCUUGUGUCAGGACCUGACGGCGCGACACACGCAGGACGCAUCUAACAAGCGACUCAUGCGCGAAUCCAUUUCGUCUGAAAGCUGCCAGGGCAAGGUCAGUGACGUCCAGGAGCUGGCCCGACAAGCCUCUGCGGUGCACACGGCGCCGGCAUCUGCCUCGUCUGGCACGAAACGAACGUUCUCCGACAUGCAAGCUAGUUCGUCAGCUAGUUCGUCGACAGAAGAGCCACCGCCGGCCAUGCUGAGCGAACUCGUGACGCAGUUCUUCGAGCCAUCACGGCAUUUCCUUGUGCUCACGAACGCCGGCCUCCACAUCUUUGAGAAAAUCCGACCCAUCGACCACCUCGUGCGUAUCUUGCAAGGGUCGCCUAUCCCUGGGAAAGACCUUUCGGCCAAGUUGACCCAGUUUGUCAAGUGCUACGGCCGCGCAGAAACGUGCGCCAUGCUCUUUGUUGUGGCGACGGGGGAACCUAGUCCGUACACGAUGGCGGCGCUGCAGUCGGUGUUUGACUUUGGCGGCCAGCCGGGCGUCGCGCCGUCGGGUGGCACCCCCCCAUCGGGAGGUGGCAGCAAUACUACCGCUGGCGCAACCAACCGCUUUGUUCUCACAGACGACAUGUGCAUGUCGUACCACCACGACGGCCUCGUCAAGUUCCUCGCACGCAUUCUGCGGCCGUUCUGGACCACAACCGAUCACGUUGUCGCAGAUGCACUAGAUCACGUGCGUGUGGUGUUGUUCCGCCUCCAGUCGAUCCUGGCCACACAAUACGCCUCGGCCCUUGACCAUCCGCUGACGUUGGCGGAACCAUCGCGCUUCAACGCAAUCACCCGCACACUCAAUGCCAUGUUGACCGAAGCGAAUCCAUCGUCGUUACGUGAAGAGAACGCGGUGCGGGCCGAGCAGUUUUCGAUCCGAUGUUUAUAUCGGUUUACCGUCCGGGCGCUGGAAGCCACGAGUUUGCUCGUCGCCCAACCCCACACGACGACCCUGUCGUUGGCGUUGCCGGAGCUCGUCACGACGACGGCAGGCGCGGCAGCAUGCAAAGUGCUCAUCCAAAAGCUCAUGGCGGACGCGGGGCACAGCGAGGAUCUGGUGCAUCAGCUGCGCGACGAGUGCCCGCUGCUGUUUACCGACACGGAUGCCGCUGAAUGCCACGGGUUCCAAGCGCUCGACGCGGCGGCGACGUGUGUGACGGCCCAUGACCAGCAGGUAGUGCUAGCCAAAGCCCUCGAGCAUUUCCGGCUGGCGAGUCAAUCGUGGACCACCGAAGCCCAGCUAUCGGUGCUCGAAUCCAUCUGCCAAGCAUUCUUUGGCCUGGGAUACCUCGAUGGCAUUGUUGAGCUGAGCUUGGCAUGCGCGCGCCAGCUGACCAAGCCAGACGUGGCGCCGCUACGACGCAUGGCGUACAGCGGCGUUGUGCAGGCGAUCCAGUACUUGACCCAGAACGACACAGAGCUUCCGAUUUGUGGUGCCACGAGUACGACCUUGUGGACAGACCAGGAAGAACGCGAAGCAGCCAUUGGGCGCAUACUUGGUCGCGUGCUGGCGUCGUCCGACACGCAGCUGCACUUGAUUGUGCUGACGUGGCUGUACGACCACGACCAGAAGAAGCGUCUCGUGACGCUCAAAGGGCCCCGCGUCGAAGCGUUCCUCCAAGCCAAAGACCCAGAGCUACUUGUCAGCCAAUACCUCGUCCAAGAGCGGUAUGUGGAUGCCGCCCAUGUGCUGUGGACACGGGCUCAAGACGACCAUCGCGCCGUCGACGAACGCGUGGCACUCAUGUCUCGAGCGGCGAGCGUGUUGGCGGCGGCGCAGCAUCCGGCCGCGCUGAAUGCGUUGGCUGAAGUGCGCGAGUCGCUCGAUGUGUUGCAACUGCAGCACACCAUUUGGAAAACGUUACAGACCCGACAGACCGUCCCAGCAUCCGAGUUGCAGGCAUUACAAUUCCGCGUCGUGGAUGUCUCGACAUUAUACAACCAGUACGCGUCCAAAUACAAGCUGUGGGGAGACUGUUUGCGGAUCAUUCGAUGCUGCCAUACCGAGGAUGCUAGCACUGUGCAGCACUUGUGGGAGCAACUACUGUUCUCAGUCGUGCCGAAAUCUGCCAACAACGUAAGCUUCAACCAGUGGAUUGCCACCAAACACCCCGAACAAGAUGCCCCUACCACCACCGCCAACUCCCCCUCAUCCUCCCCCCAAGUGUUUGAAAGCGCAGUGUGGAUCAGCCACGUACAGUCGCAACUGACGCCACUGGGAAAGGAACUCGCGUCGUCCCCCGCGCUCCCCGUUGAGUUUCUUGUCCAUGAACUGGAGCACCUGUGGAUGUGGUUUAUCCAGCUCACGCACUACUCGACGCCCCAGUCGUGGAUCUCGUCGUUUUUGCUCGACUGCGGCGUCUCAUAUGCGCACUUGUUUGGGGUGUACCACAAGCUGUACGAUGCCAACGAAGCCCCCCGAUGGCGCUUUCACCUCCUUCGCGGCAUCCUGGACCUCGUGACUGCGUGGCAGCGCCACGUCCAAGCCGCGCGACCGACCAGCGAGGCCGCGCUCGAGUUUGCCACGGCCACGCCGCUCAUGCUCAGUGCAUGUGAGGCGUACGUCGUCGACUUGCAUGCGCUUGUCGGAGAUGGCCAUGCAGAGAAGCACCAGACAAUUGCCCGGUUGCGACAACUCAAAGCGGACGUGGCCACCACGAGAUCCAAGUAUACGUAAAUAAAAAUACUAGCAGAUCCAAGUAUACGUAAAUAUUACUUGAAGUAAUACUACAAGUAGAUCCAAGUAUACGUAAAUAUUAAUACUAGUUACACAGAGCCGCCACGGCAACUUGCGUUCGUUCCAUGUGUGACAGACACGCUCACGGCAUUACGUUGCUGAUGCAAGUACCAUAUGCAUCUACUACUGUCGUGUGGGAGUAACAAGUCACGGAGACGCCGAAGCCGUCGCCCCACCCCCUGAGGUCGGCGUCUCCCUCUUCGACCCCCGUCCACCGCCUCCUUUGGACGACACCUUGCGCAGCAUCUUGGAUGGCUUGAGGGUCGUCAAGGUGGCGCUGCUGUUGCCCAUGUCACUGGCAUUACUGCACACGUCGCUCCAGUCGCUAGUAGUAGUAGUGUAGUUCCCCGAGGGUUUUCGCUUGCUUUGGAGGGCUAGUCGGGCCUCGGCAUCUCGUAGUUGCUGGUGGAGUUUAUUGUUUUCGUCCUUGAGUUGCUGCACAUACUUUAUCUUUUGACCGGGGUUGGUAUGACCAGCCAGCGUCGCGUUCUCCUUCCACGCUUUCUGCGCAGACAGCAGCGCUGAGUCGCGCUCCUGGCGAAGAUGGUCUCGCUCUAGGGUGACUUCUUCGAGGCGAAUGUGAAGGGUGUCGAGGUCGAUCGCGUUGUCCUUGGCGAGCUGCACGAGCCGCGCGACUUCAGCGUCGCCGAGCUUCGUAUGCGACGAUGACGCAUCUUCUUCGGGGUCGUCCGUGUCGGUAUGCUGUUGCUCUUGUAACAAUGCGCAUUCGGCCUGAAGUUUUUCGUUUUCAGAUCGCAGCAGCUGACUUGCUUCAGUCUGGAGCGCUACCUGUUGUUGCAACGACUGGAUUUGGUCCAUGAGCUCGUCGAACUCGCGCCGCUCCUUGGAUUCGCCAUCGUCUGUGCCUUCGUCGUCAAAACCGUCAGCGGUUGACGGCGCGCUGCCGCCACCACCGAGGCAGUCGUGGCACAGGCGCUCAGGCUCGUAGCACUCGCGCGUCGCUGCCAGCGUGUACACGAGGACUUCCAUAUCUCGCUGGACUUUCUCGAGCUGCUUGCGCAUAAGAACCACCUCAGGCGUGCUCGUCUGCCGCGCCAGGUCCGCUUGCAUUGUUGACAGCGGUGGGACAGAUGCCAUCGACGAAAAUGGAGAUUUUUGGGUAGAGCCGCUGGCACUUCGAGUUGUGUGCUGCUUA